AUGGCCAAUCUCAAUUUUCAGGAUCCUCAGAACAAGACUUCUAAUACUUCUCGUGGAGGGUCAUUUGUUGCUCGUAUUCUUAAGGACUAUUACUUUAGGCAAUUUGGUUUUGCACAACACUCUCCUUCUUCUAUCACCAUUAUUCUGGUAUACGCUGAUGAUAUCCUUCUAUCUAGAAACAACCUCUCUAAAAUCACUACUGUUAAAGAUCAUCUCCACAACAAGUUUCACAUUAAAAACCUUAGAGAUCUCAAAUAUUUUUUUGGAUUUGAAAUUGCUAGAUCUCAAGCUGGAUUGUGUAUAAAUAAGAGAAAAUAUUGUCUUGAAUUGAUUUUUGAAGCUAGUAUGUUAGGAUGUAAACCUGCUCCUACACCUGCUAAUCCUUCUCUUAAACUUCAUGUUGAUGAAGGCCUCCUUCUUACAGAUCCUUCUUCUUACUGUCGCCUUAUUGGAAGGUUAAUUUAUCUCACCAAUACGCGACCCAACAUUGCUUUUGCCGUCCAACAACUUAGCCAGUUUGUUUCUACCCCUCGCCAACCUCAUAUGCAACAAGACAUGAGAAUUAUUAGAUAUUUAAAGAAUGCUCCUGGUUUUGGUCUAUUAUAUGUUGCUGAUAAUUCCUUCCGCAUUCAUGCAUACUCUGAUUCUGAUUAG